AUGGGUUUACCUCAGGUCUCCAAUAGCAACAUUUCAGAGGAAGCAACAGCAUCAUUUAGCACAUCAGUCCAAUCUAUGCCUCAUUUCCAUGGAUUAAGCAGCUGUGACAUGAGUGGAAUUCAUGUCAAUCAUCUCCAAGGAGAGCUUUCAAGAGAAGAAAACAGAGAUAGACAUGUAAAUUGGCAGAGAUUAAGUUCUGGAGAUAAUAUUUCAACUUUCACCCGUAAAACUGGAAGAAAUGUCCAAACUGCUGUAUCCAGAAUCGUGGGCUUUGAAUCAAAAGCAUCAAAUUCUCCUGCUUUUGCAUUAGAUGGAGUACAAACUGAUAAUCUCCCCUCUAAUAGCAACGAUAAUGCAACAGAAAACAGUGGAGCAAUAGUGAGGAGAAAGUUCAUGUCACCAUUGAAUAGCUUGAUUAUACCAAGUCAAUUCGAUAGAAACUUUCAAGAAACCAAUGACACUAAGUGUGUGACUCCUUUUAUUCUGUCAACAAGUCAAUUUGAUAGAAACUUUCAACAAUGUAGGAAUCCAGGAAGUGUAAGUUUUGGGAGAAGUUGUGGUUUUUUCACUGAUGGGCCAUUGCUUGAGAACACAGAUGCUCGAUCUUUUGGUUCUUUAUCAUCUUCACCAGGAUUAGAUAGCAAUCAUAGCAUAGAAUCUACUACAAUAAGGUCUUUGAAUUCACCCAUUGCUAUACCUUCAAGAAAAGUGGUGUCAUCUCCUCUAUCUUUAUCCCCACUUGGUCCUAAAUUCUCUAGAACACCAAAACUUUGUAUGAAUAAUGACAUGGAUGAUAACCAUGUAACUUUGAAGGAUAUUGAAGUGUCUCUUAAUGGCACAAUCUCUGAUAUUCUAGAUGAAGAUUCUAGAAUGGUUAAAAAGUCAACUUUAGAAGUCAACCAAAGUAUGAUUGAAAUGGUUGGGGAUUGGGGUCAAGAAAGUCAAGAUUCAAACUUUUUAACCCAAUGUUCUAAGUUAUGUAGGACUCCAAGUGGUUUACAAGUGAGAAGAUCAUGGAUUGGUUCUUUUGAGGAGUCUUUGUUAUCAGGUCGUUUAGCUUCUGGGACAAUCAGCCAGAAAAUUGAUGGGUUUCUUGCUGUUUUGAAUAUUACUGGAGGAAGUUUUUCACCACGCCCUCAGAAACUUCCAUUUGCUGUGACAAGUGUUGAUGGGGAUAACUUUUUGUUAUACUAUUCCUCCAUUGAUCUUGCUGCUGACGUGGCAUCAAGUAAGCAAAAAGGUCAGAAAAUGAAGAAGAGCCUUAGCAUUGAUGAUUCUCAUAUGGAAAAAAGUCGAUUGAGGAUACCUAUGAAAGGUCGCAUACAGUUGGUCCUCAGUAAUCCUGAAAAGACUCCAAUUCACACUUUCUUCUGUAACUAUGACUUGACUGACAUGCCAGCUGGCACCAAGACAUUUAUGCGCCAAAAGGUCACUCUAGCUUCUAAAACAGGGGCACGUGUUAAUAAUAAUAAUAAUAAUAAUAAUAAUCUUGGCUCACCAAAAGUGAAUGAAAACCCUAAUUCGGGUGUCUUGCGUUAUGCCCUUCAUCUUCGAUUCCUGUGUCCAUUUUCUAAAAAGAAUUUGAAAAGUGUUGAGAGGUCCAAAUCAGAUCCUUUGUCUACUCCGGAAAAGAAUAGAAACCUUGGAAUGGAAAGACGAUUCUAUUUGUAUAAUGACAUGAGGGUUGUGUUUCCUCAACGCCAUUCCGAUUCCGAUGAAGGCAAGUUACAUGCGGAGUGUCAUUAUCCAUCAGAUCCUAAGUACUUUGACAUCAGUGACUAAAAGGUCCGGUUUCAUUUCAUCUUUUUAGAUUACAAAUCUGUGAAUAUUUUUCUUUUUAAAAAAAAAAAUAAAAGUACAAUAUCUAGUCUUCUUUUAUGAUGAUGGAAACUCCACACAUCACUUGCUGUAUAGAUUUUCAUUUAGAAGUUAGAAUUUCUCAUUGAAGCCUUGUCCCCACGUGUAAAUAUGUACAUUCCUUCAACAAAUAAUUCAAAUUUCUUCAAACACAAGUGAUUCUUGCUUUUGGGUGUGGG